AUGAUCAUGGCAAGUUAUACGAUCGCUUUCGUUAAUGGUGAAAGGCCUAACGAGACAAUAACAUUCAAGCAGGUGUACGACAGUGCGUAUUCGAUCGCCGCUUUUCUCUACUCAAAAGGAUUCGAGAAAGAUGUCGCUUGUGCAGUGAUCCCGAAUCUAUGGCACUACUCGGCGUUUUUCCUCGGAGUUGCUCUAAGAGGCGGUGCCGUGUCCGGAGCAUCGGCGAUGUUCACCGACUAUGAGCUCCAGCGACAAUUCGUUGAUUCCGGUGCCAAAGUGGUGUUGACGUCGGAGCAUUAUCUGGAAAAGGUGCUCAAGGCUGUGAAAGAGAGCCCUAAUGUCAAG